CCCCGGAGCCCCACUCUGCUUGCCACCGCAAUUUCGCUCCCAACCCCCGCCGGCCGCCGCGUCCCUUCCCCUUCAUCCCCACGGACCCCCCGAUGGCGACGUCAUCAGCGGCGGCGCCGUCGCGCCGCUCCGUCUUCGACGCCGCCUACAUCCGCUCUGAGUUCUCCGCGGCCGGCAUCUCCGCCCACUUCAUCCCUCUCAUCUGGAAAUACGUGCUUCAGAACCCUAGGUGUGGCGACCUGGAUGGCAUCCCGUCGCUGCCGGCGAACGCGUACGCGCUCCUCCGUCAGAAGUUCCGGCCGAUCACGUCGACGCUAACCGCUGCUGCUGACUCCAAGGACCGCACCACCACCAAACUCCUCAUCCGCUUACAGAAUGGGGAGUCUGUAGAAGCAGUGGUCAUGCGAUAUGACACACGACUGGGGAAGUAUGACGGAAAGCCUCGCCCUGGAGGAGUGCGGGCAACUCUUUGUGUCUCCUCACAGGUUGGGUGCAAGAUGGGCUGCAGAUUCUGUGCUACUGGAACAAUGGGCUUCAAAAGCAAUCUGUCUUCUGGAGAAAUUGUAGAGCAGUUGGUCCAUGCAUCCCGCUACUCUCAGAUUCGAAAUGUUGUUUUCAUGGGAAUGGGGGAGCCAAUGAACAACUAUAAUGCUUUGGUUGAAGCAAUUGGAGUGUUUACUGGAUCUCCUUUCCAGCUUUCACCUAAGAGAAUUACUGUAUCUACUGUCGGAAUCAUUCAUGCAAUCAACAGAUUCAAGGAUGAUCUUCCAAAUGUGAAUUUAGCUGUGUCACUGCAUGCUCCUGACCAAGACAUACGAUGUCAGAUAAUGCCUGCUGCGCGUGCCUUUCCUUUAGAAAAGUUAAUGAAUGCGCUACAGUCCUAUCAAAAUGAGAGGGAUCAGGCCAUCUUUAUUGAAUACAUAAUGCUUGACGGAGUUAAUGAUCAGGAGGAGCAUGCACAUCAGCUUGGUAAACUGCUUGAAACGUUUAAAGCGGUUGUAAAUCUGAUACCAUUCAAUCCAAUUGGGUCAUCAAGCAAUUUCAAAACAAGCAGUGAGCAGAAUGUGAAGAAGUUCCAGAAGGUCCUAAGAUGCACCUACGGCAUCAGAACCACUGUUCGCCAGCAGAUGGGUCAAGACAUAGCUGGUGCUUGUGGCCAGUUGGUGGUUAGCCUCCCAGAUGAAAGAUCAGCUGGUGGUGCAACCCUUCUGUCAGACAUUGAAGACCUUCGGAUCUGACAUCUUCAUUUGUUACUUUUACCAUCUUUUCGAAUCAACUCGUGUUACUAAUUAGUCUUACAUGAUAUUGUAACUAGUGCUAUAGUUUCCGUCAAGCUUUAAAAUAUGGAGAUGUUGGGUUUGGCCAUUGUGGUGUUUCCCUUCUGUUCUGGGAUGCACAAUUUUGCUGCAAACACAGUGGCGAAGACUCCUGCUUUUGUGGAUAGGUGGCAGCCGAAACGGUGGGUAUUGUAAAUGGGACAAUGUUAUCACAACAUUGCCAUGAUCAGAUAAUGGUAUCUUAUCGCCUGACUUGGUAUUGUGGAUAUGUGGCUAUUUCCUGUCGGAUCGCGAUGAAAGUCUGGUGCUUUUCCUCU